CAAUUAUGUCUAAAUAUGCUAAAAAAGUUCAAAAAACUAGAAAUAUUUUUGCUAGUAUUAUCACUGGCACUGCUCUAUGUGUAACAGCUGCUACUGCUAGCUAUGAAUCAAGAACUACAGAAAUUACCGAAGUUCUUGCAACAAGAGAAAGUAUUAAACAUGAAAGUGAAAGUAUUAGA